AUGCCAUCAGUUUUUACCAAUCAGCAACUUUACACGGCUGAAGUAUUCUCAGCAAAAUGUUCGUGCUGUAAAAAACCGGGUAUCGCUCAAUGUGAUGGAUGUGCGAAUGGUUUUUGUUCAACACAUUUUCGUGAACAUCGUCACUAUUUAGAUACUAAAUUCGCACAAUUAUUGCAUGAUAGAAGUAUUCUACCUCAUCAGUUAGUUGAUCAUUCAUCGAAGAUCAAGCAAGCCCAACUAAAGACUCUUCUUCAUGAUAUAAACCAAUGGGAGGAGCAAGCAUUGAAGAGUGUCACACAAACAGCCGAACGUGUACGAAAUCGUAUCAAGGAAUUGAUGACACUAAGAACUUCAACUAUCAAAGCUGAUUUAGACCAAAUUUCAAUGGAAUUACGAAAAUGUAAAUUUGAAAAUAACUAUUUCGAACAGGAUAUCAAACACUUAAGUGAAAAACUUGAUCAAAUUCAAAUUGAUUUGAAUAUACUUAAAACACGUGUCAAAAUGACAAUACCACCCAUCAAAUUAAACUCACAGUUUUAA